CAAAGCUUCUACCAAAAAACAAACAGAAAAAGACAGAGUACUUUAUGCAUUAUAACUUGUACACUUUCGAAGCACCAGCUCAGUUUGUAAUCAUAGCACCGCAAAGUAACGUUUUUUCUUUUUCGAGCUUGUCUUUUUGCGUCUUACAACAAUAUAAAUCCACUCCCCUUUCCAUCGUCUUCUCCAAUCCCAUUCUCUCUCUGAAACCACCAACUUCGAGAUGCUUUCAAGAGUUAAUAGUGUUGUUUGGAUGGAUGAUGAGAGAGGGAAUCAAACAAACCAAAAAAAUGAAGAGAAUCAUGAAAUCAAUUCUAUUUCUACAUUUAAAUCAAUGCUAGAAGCUGAAGAAGAAAAUAACAACAAUUGGUUCUUGCAGCAGCAGAGUAAUCUUCUGUUGCAACCAGUUGAUUCUUCAUCGUCAUGUUCACCGACUUCUGCUUUUCAAAACCUCGACCCAAAUCAGGUUCAUUUCUUUUUACCUCCAAGACCCUCAAUUUCUUCGAUUUUGAACCCAAUUUCAAACAACCCGUUAGAUGAAACCUUUGAUCUUGGUUGUGGGAAUGGAAUUCUACCUGGGUUUUGUGAUUUAGGGGGACAAACCCAAAUGGGUGUUUCGAGUUUGAACUCAGAUCCUCAAUUUUCGACUACUCACUUGCUUCAAUUGGCCGGAAAUGGAUUCGGGACGCCGGUGUUUCCAUCUUUGGAAGAUGGGUUAACAGGAACUUCGUUGGGUUUGAACCGGUCGAAAUUGCUUAAACCUUUGGAUAGUUUUGCUUCGGCCGGAGCUCCACCGACUUUAUUUCAAAAAAGAGCUGCCCUGAGAAGAAAUUUGAGUGAUAUCAACACCACUAUCGACGGCGAUGGUGGAGGAGCUGGACUGGGAAGAAGUUUAAGUGACGUCAACACCGCCGGCGGUGGUGGUAGUGAUGGGAUGAAUGAGAAGAAGAGGAAGAGCAGCAAUGGCAGUUGGGAUGAUGUGGAUAACCUGAGUUUGGAUGGCUCCGGUUUGAAUUACGAUUCCGAUGAUAUCACGAUGAACACCACCACAAAUUUUGAAGAAAAUGGGAUCAAAAUUAACGGUGGGAAUAGCUCUAAUCCAAACAGUACUGUCACUGGCGGCAUCGGGAGCAAUCAAAAGGGGAAGAAGAAAGGGUUGCCGGCGAAGAAUUUAAUGGCGGAAAGACGUCGGAGAAAGAAGCUAAACGACCGGCUUUACAUGCUCAGAUCUGUAGUCCCCAAAAUCAGCAAGAUGGACAGAGCUUCAAUUCUUGGAGAUGCGAUAGAGUACCUGAAAGAGCUUCUUCAGAAGAUCAACGACCUUAACUAUGAACUCGAAUCAACCCCAUCAACCUCAUCAUUGACACCCACCACCACCAUAACCACCCCCGGCAGCGGCACCCCCACCGGUUUCUACCCUCUAACCCCAACUCCGACCAGUCUCCCUUCAAGAAUCAAGGAAGAACUUUGCCCCACCGCGAUCCCUAGCCCAACUGGCCAACCUGCAAGAGUUGAAGUGAGACAGAGAGAAGGAAGAGCAGUGAAUAUCCAUAUGUUUUGCAGUAGGAGGCCUGGUUUGCUUCUAUCAACCAUGAGAGCUCUUGAUAAUCUUGGUUUAGACAUUCAACAAGCUGUCAUAAGUUGCUUCAAUGGCUUCGCUCUUGAUGUUUUUCGAGCUGAGCAAUGCAAAGAAGGUCAAGAUGUUCAUCCUGAUCAAGUGAAAGCAGUGCUGCUGGAGUCCGCUGGUUACCAUGGCGUCGCUUGAGUGGUUUAGAGAUUUGAGAUUUGGGUUGUUUGGUUUUAGUUUAAAAAGUUGUAGCUUUUCAUAUGAAGGUUGUUUUUGUUCAGUCCUUAGAUCUAGUCAGAUAGAUAGGCGUGCUGAAGUUAGCUAAAUUUGCAAAAUGUUGCUAGGCAUUUUAUGUUAUUUUGUUUGAUCAUUGUGUUUCUUGGAGUUUUUUUAUUUUAUAUUUCAUAUCUGAUUGAUGUUUGUGUGUGGACUGGAGUGUUAGGUUUCCAACAACAAUAAAGACACAAUUAAAGAU